AUGAAGGGUACCUGGGAACUUGCGCUUAUCGCCAGUGCGUCACUCGCCCAGGCGACUUCGACCGCAUCACUCACGGCUGCUGCAACUACCGUGGCGGACACGGCUGUCUCCGCACCUUCCUUGUUUUACAAUGAGAGAGUGCAGCUGACCGAGGGUGUCCUCGCUGAUGUGUCGGUGGCCUUGCAAAACGAGACUGUCGCAAGCAUGUUUGCCUUCGCAAGCAAUUCCUCCUCCCAAUCCACAGCGACCAAGAGGAGCGUCCUUCAUAGCUGCAAGUUGAUGCCCGGGGAUUCCUGGUGGCCUCUAGACCUCAUCUGGGACGUGUUUGACCUUUUGCUUGGCGGCAAUCUGAUCAAGACGGUGCCUCUGGCCUCUUACUGUUACCCGGAAUGGCCUCAGUAUAACUCUGCCAAGUGCGCGGAGAUCACAGCUGACUGGCUUAACUCGGACCUUCACAUGGCCGAUCCUGCUUCGAUCAUGUUGCCGUUGUACGAGGGCCGCUCUUGUCUACCAUCGCCUUAUAACUACACCGACUCUUGCACACAAGGCGCGUAUCCCACUUACGCGGUAAACGUUUCCACUGUGGCGCAGAUUCAGCUAGCGGUCAACUUUGCCCGCAACCUGAACUUGCGACUGGUGGUGAAAAAUACCGGUCACGACUUCAACGGCAAGGCCUCCGGCAAGGGCGCUCUCUCCAUUUGGACCCACUACCUCAAAGACAAGAGCUAUCUCCCCAACUUCAAGGCCGCCAAUGGCUAUGUCGGCCCGGCUAUCAAGUUUGGCUCCGGUAUUCAAGUUCACGAGGCCUAUGAAUAUGCUAAGACUCUCGGCCACUCGGUUGUCGGUGGUGAGGCUGUUACCGUCGGUCUUGGUGGUGGCUACACUGCUGGUGGUGGCCACUCCCCCUUGUCUAGCAUGUACGGUAUGGCGUCCGAUCAAGUUCUGGCUAUGCAAGUUGUCCUCGCGGACGGCAGAUUCAUUACUGCCAGCUCCACCGAGAACUCGGAUGUCUUCUGGAUGCUUCGUGGCGGUGGUGGCAGUACCAUUGGUGUCGUCACUUCUCUCACUGUCAAGGCCCUGCCCCAGCUGGAGACGACGACUGUGACCUUCAAUUUCACAGUCAAUGACACUCCGGGUCCUAAUGCCUUCUGGGCUGCAGUUGGCUCCUACCUUGACAACUUCGAGUCAUUUGUUGAUGCCGGCACUUACGGUUACUACUACAUUGGAGCCUCUUCGAUGGAAAUUGGUACCACAUAUGCCGGUGAUACUGACUACUAUUUCCGCAUGGAAUCCUUCGUCGCCCCCAACAUGAGUGUUGCCCAAACUGAAGCCCUCUUGGCUCCUUGGUUCAACACUCUCAACAGCCUGAAUAUUACCUACACUCCCUGGUACAACCACGCCGACAACUUCCAUGAUGCCUGGGAAGUGGCCUUCCCCCAGGAAUAUGUGGGAACCGAUGUUGUCAAGACUGCUUCUCGUCUUCUCCCUCGCAAUGUCUUCCAGAGUGAUGAUCUUCGUAACCAGACUUGGGCUGCCUAUAAAGAUGCUGUGAAUCAGGGUCUCUUCAUUGCCGGCUUCCACAUCAGCGGUACCGGUAUCGCCGUUGAACCUCCCACAGACAGCGCCUUGCUUCCCGCAUGGCGUGAUGCCCUGACGCACGUGAUUGUCGGUUCUCAAUGGAACUUCACCUCUUCCUGGGAUGUUAUUGAGAGCUCCUCGCUCUUUGUGACCGAGUGGAUGGACGUGCUCCGCGAGAUUGCCCCGGAUUCUGGCGCCUAUAUGAGUGAGGGCGAUCUCAUCGAGCCCAACCAACAGGAUGCCUUUUAUGGUGCCAACUACCCACGUCUUUAUGCCCUCAAGCAGAAGUAUGACCCUACCGGUCUCUUUUUUGCCCUGACCGCCGUUGGCGCCGAGGACUGGGAGGUUCAAACCACUGACCCCCUGCCCUACUCAUGGAACAACAAUGGGCGGCUCUGCCCUAAGUCCUCCUGA